ACAAUCAGUGGAUAACGGGCUUCUCGAUAUUAUUUGACUUGACACACAAACUUCUAUUCUGUCUCAUAUUCUUUGUAGGGAAAAAAUGAUGCUAACUGUUCACCGUGUAUAUCUUUCUGCUGUACUUAAGUUGAUUUUGUUAAUUACUACUCUCUGCACUUUAUCAGAUUGCUAUGACCCUUUGGAUCCAAAUGGGAACAUUUCUGUAACAUUUGACAUUUACCAACGUAUGGAAAAUGGAUAUCUGGCAAGGGUGACUCUUGAAAACCAUCAUCAAUAUCGGCAUGUAGACAAACCAGGGUGGAAACUAGGAUGGACAUGGGCUAAUAAGGAGGUGAUAUGGUCAAUGAGUGGUGCAAUUGCAACUGAUAGGGGUGAUUGCUCAUCUUAUAGUGGUUCUCAGAUGCCACAUUCAUGCAAAAAAGAUCCAAUCAUAGUUGAUAUAUCUCCAGAUGUGUCACAAAACAGGUCAGACCAUUGCUGUCGUGGUGGCCGCCUCUCUGCCCGAGCUGUUGAUUCUUUCAAUUCAUUGUCUUCAUUUGAACUUGAAGUAAGAAACUUGGAGGAAAAAGAAAAUUCACUUGGACAAGCUCCUAAUAAUGUUACAUUCAUGGCCCCAGGUCCUGGUUACACUUGUAGCUCAUUUCUGACUUCUGAUCCCUCAGUGUCCUUAGAUUUUGGUGGACAGAGACAAGUUCCAGUUCUCAGAACUUGGAAGUCAACAUGUACGUACUCAAGUUUCUUAGCAAACAAGUCACCAGUAUGCUGUGUUUCGUUCUCAACAUUUUACAAUCCUAUCAUCACACCAUGCCGUAAUUGCACUUGUGGUGGAUGCAGGGAAGCAAAUAAAAAUUCACUGUCUUGCAUAAGGCCAGGUGAUCCUCUGGGAGGGUCAAAUGAUGAGAAAAAUAUAAUUGAAUGUACUGACCACAUGUGUCCAAUUCGAGUCCAUUGGCAUUUCAAGAACAAUUAUAUGAAUCAAUGGAGGAUCAAGCUUACAAUUUCUAACUACAACUUCAAUAGAAACUACUCUAACUGGAACGUGCUCGUUCAACAUCCUGGUUUUAACCAAAAGGCAACAACUUACAGCUUCAAUAGCACUAAACUUUCGACUCUUGGGAUCCAAGAUGGAGUAGCUCUUUUCUGGGGGAUAGAUUACUACAACAAUGAAUUAUUGCAUUCUGAUAAGGACCGAGUUGGUUCUGUGACAACAGAGAUACUAUUGGAAAAAGAUGAGAAUUCCUUCACAUUGCAAAACGGAUGGACAUUUCCAAGAAGAAUAUAUUUCAACGGUGAAAACUGUGACAUGCCUUUACCUGACACAUUCCCUAUGUUACCAAAUGGUAGCUCCAGUUUAAGACCAACUUCCCAUGUUUUUACUCUUUCAUUAAUUUAUUUGUUGCUUGUCCAAUUAGUACUGCUGUAGUAAUACUGUACUACUCCUUUGCUUUUGAUUUUCAACACUCACUAGUGACUACGUGUACUUAGUUUCUAGUAUAUCUUAAUUCCUCAAUUUUUAAGGGUCCAUAACAUUGUGUUUUAUUAUUGUUAUUAUUGUAAGGGAAGAGUUCCCCCUCUCCUUGUACUAGGAAUCCAAAUCCAGGUACUCA